GAGAUUGCAGCUGCGCGCACACACACACACACUCACUGACACUCUGCGCUUCUCGGGACGCGCUGCGCCAAACUAGACAAACGCGCGUGAAAAGUCCGACUCGUCCGGAAACCCGACGGUUCCUGGUUUAUUUAAAAGCGGGAGAAUCGGCGUUUAAGAGGUUAAAAGGGACGGACGCACAGGGAGAGGAUCAUGGAGCUGUUUUCGGCUGUGUGGCUUUGCCUUCACCUCGCCGUGGCUGUGAAAGCGGUGAGUGAAUUCCAUGCCGAGCCGCUCAGUGUCUCGGUGCCCUUUGUCAACAUGGUGUGCCCGGAAGGAGCCAAUGUAACGAUUUUGUGUAAACAGUCCGGCGCGCUGGAGUAUUCCACUGACCAUCUGCAGCACGUGUGGCUCUUUAACCCACACAUGGAGCAGCACUGUCGCGAACGCCUGCAUUCCCCCAAAUCCAACGUGUACAAGGCCGAGGCCUCAUUCUUCAGUGUCACACUGAUGAAUUUGACGAUGGCCAGCCAAGGACGCUACUGCUGCCUGGCGCUGGACGUACUGCGGGACGGCCAUCACAAGCCGACCGUGCAACAACGGGCACACAGCCACGUCAUACUCAACAUCACGCCACGCCGCAACGACAGUCAGAAGUGCAUCGAGCUGACAGCGUCACUACCCCAAGGUACAUUAAACACAACAAAGAGCACGGACAGUGGUACAGUGGCUGCAGGUCUGGCAACAGCUGCAUGCAUUAUGGGUAUUUUGUGUCUGCCUGUCUUACUGGUCCUGGUGUACCGCCAAAGACAAAUAAGUCACGCCAGCCGACGUGCACACGAGCUAGUUCGCAUGGACAGUGAGGCUCAAGGCCACGAAAACCCUGUGUACAUGGGAGAUUCUCCGAAGGCUCCGUCUCGCACCGUGGCUCAGAUUCUGACCCGACAGUCAUCCGAAACUAGACGCCACCUCCUCUCUGAUCCUGGCACCCCCUUUAGCCCGAACCCACAAGGAGACGUGUUUUUCCCCGCGCAUGAGCCAAUCCCGGAGUCGCCUGACAUCUAACCAUUGUAGGACGGACUCUCUGGAGAGACCUGCAAAGACCUGUUGAGGUGUGUUUCUCAACGCCCAUGAAAUGCCCUGCACUUUUUUUCUCUCUCUGUCUUUGGUACCUUCCUCCAUCCUCAUGCUUUCUCUAUGGCCAGGAUGACAAAGAGACAACAUACCCCCCAUCAUCACCUUCUACACAAACACACACUCAUUUUUCCACCUGUAUCAGGGGCCAGAACGGGCUGGGUCUCAUCUCAUUUUGUAGUAAGGAGGUGCUUCAUCACAGACAGACCUGAAUGUUCCACAGCUGAGAUGACUGGGGGUCAGUUUCAGAAGAACAUUGUCUCAGACAUUCGCAUUUACUUUUUUUUUUCCAUUUAUGUCAUUUUUUUUUUUUUGAACGCUGAGACAGAAAUGGCUUUUGAUCUCUGCCUGUCGUGGUUUUAUGGCAGCCCAUGUGUAUGUGAGGUGUCAGUGUGCUAAGGAUCAACAGAUCGAAAUAGUUUUUUUUUUUUUUGACAAAUUAUGACAAACUAAAAC